GUGUUUAAUCAGAUUUAUGUUGAUAAAUUGAAAAUACAUUUCACAGCAUAUUAAAUGAAAAAAAUGAGAAGUCUAGAAAAAGUUUUACUUAUAAUCCUUUUAUAUUGCUUUCAUGCAGUUCAGAUUUCAGAAUCUUCGGCGCAAGUGAAGAUCUAUCUUGAGACGUUUAAACUAUCUGGUUUAAAAAAAUACUUAGAAAAACCACUGAUAAAGCCGAAAGAUCACCGUAAGCGAUCGUUUAAAUUUGAAAUAUGCUUUGGUACUGAGACGCUUAACUGUUUUUUAUCAGACAUUUUGUCUCUUGAUGAGAAGACAAAAAUGAUUCAUUUUCCACAGACCUUAUCAAAAGAUGUCAACAAUCCAUUAAUUUUGAAAUCGCCGUCAUCAAAGGUUGAUGCGAGCUUACGUAUAAAUAUUUACCAUCAUGAUAAGAUUUUCUUUCAACAUGAAUUGUCGACAAAAUUUUCUUUUGACUCUGUUGGUGUGAAAAGAUUUACGCUGACAAAUGAUAAGAAUUUAAGGUCUCCUAAAGAUAAAAGCGAAUUGUCUUUUACAGUAAGUUUAAAUUGCGAUGACAAUUUUAAGCCACCUGAUUGUGUUGAAAAAGCGUGCAUUGAACAUGAUGAUGAUGUUAACGGCCACUACACAUGCGAUAAAAAUGGAAGUAUUAUAUGUAGAGAGGGGUGGAGUGACCCGUCAACAAAAUGUCGUUUAGGAAUGCGUCCACAAAUUUCAAGAGUUGGAUGCUUUAACGACUUUGGAGAUAUUGCUGGAAAGCGACUAUUUACAACGUUUGUUAACUAUCGUUUUUUAAUUGAUUGGAAUCAUAUGAAUGAUAGCCUCAAAAUUAUGACUGAGUUAUGUUCAUCCUUUGCUAAAAUUAAUGGUUUUCAAUAUUUCGGUAUUGAGUUUUGGGGAGAAUGUUGGACCGGCUCAACACAUGAUAUUAACUACGAUCGAGAUGGUGAAUCCUCUGAUUGUUGGCCUGACCAAGCCGCAAACUUAGGACCGAUGCUUGUUGGUAAAGAUAAGACAAUUAUGGUUUAUAAAUGGGACAAGUUGAAAAAAUAAUUUUUUUUAUUAAACAAAAAUACAUUUUAUUAUAUUAAACACUUGACCUAGGUAUGUAAAAGUUGCAUAUGAAAAUAUAUUAAAAUCGCCCCA